UUUGGGAACCAUUUGAUCAGGGUAUUUAUAGUAUCUUCAAAAAUAGAUUCACUACAAUACUGUGCCGGGGAUAUAUUUGUAACACAUUUCUUAUUGAAUACUAAAACAGUAUUAAGUGUUAACAUCAAAUAUGGCAAUGUAUAAUGAAAUCAUUUCUAAACAUUUAGAAAUUAUUAGUCAUUGUGCAUUUUGUGGCAAUAGUGCUAGUAAUAAAUGUGCAGCAUGUUCAUUGGUUGUGUAUUGUUCAAAGGAACAUCAAAAAGCUCAUUGGAAACAACAUAAAAAUGAAUGUGUAUCUUAUGAGUUACAAAUAGAUUCUAACGUAGGUCGUCAUCUGGUAGCUAAACGUACUAUUAAUCUAUCCGAAAUUAUAAUUCAAGAAGAACCAUUAGUUAUAGGUCCUAAGUUUCCAACUUCAGAACCAAUAUGCAUUAAAUGUUUACAACGUUUGAAAAGAUCAGAGUCUAUAGUUGAAUCUUUGUGUGAAAAGUGUUUAUGGCCCAUUUGUGGUGCAGGAUGUGUAACAUCGAUCAAUCAAAAUAUUCAUGAAGAUGAAUGUACAGUAUUAGUGAAAGGAUCUGAAAAAAUCGCUAAAAAUAAUGAUUAUAUGUAUGAUGCUUUAACCCCUUUAAAAUGCCUAUUAUUGAAAUUCACGGAUAAAAACAAAUGGAAUCGUCUAAUGGAAUUAAAGUCUCACAUGGAAUAUAGAGGCCCAGAAUCAGAAGUAUACGAGGAGAUUAAUUCAGUGUAUAAUUAUUUAAGAAAUAAUUACUUGAGUGGAGAAGAAUUUGAAACAUCAUCAGACAUUAUACACAAAAUAUGUGGUAUUUUAGAUGUAAAUGCUUUAGAUGUUCAAGUAGCCGGAUUGGAGUUAACCGCUAUAUAUCCUACAGUAAGCAAACUAGAACACAACUGUUUACCAAAUACUGGUAUAUUAUUUGAUAAAUGUGGACGUAUUUAUGUUCAUGCUUCUCGUAAAAUUACUAAAGGUGAACAUAUAACUACUAUGUACACUAAUGCAUUAUGGGGAACCCGAGAAAGAAGAGCUCAUCUUUUGUCAACAAAAUAUUUUAAAUGUAAAUGUAAAAGAUGUUCUGAUGCUACCGAACUGGGUACUAAUUUUAGUACUAUUGUGUGUAAUGUAAAAGGUUUUUGUAAAGGAAAUCUUACGCCGAUACAUCCUUUAGAUGAUUCCAGUCAAUGGGAUUGUGAUAGAUGUCCAAACACUGUUUCAUCAGAUAAAAUUGAUGCAAUUUUAACUGAGUUAAAUUACAUUGUUGAUAAAGCUCUCCAAAAUCCAAGUAUAAAUUCACUAGAAGAUGCUUUUUCAAAACUGAAAACACGUAUUCAUUCAAACCAUUACUUAUGUUUUAAUAUAAAACAUACAUUAAUACAGCUGUACGGUCAUUCAAUGGGUUACAAACAUUCAAUGCUAACUGACGAUUUAUUGAAAAGAAAAUCCGAACUAUGCAGAGACAUGUUUUUUAUACUAAACAUCAUUGAUCCAUUAUAUAUACGAUUGAACAUUUAUAAUUCAGUGAUAUUAUACGAACUUCAUUUGGCAUUGUUGGAAUCAGCUGCGAGAAUAUCAGAAAAUAAAGCUGAAAGUAAAGGAAUGCAUGACGAAGCUAAAGUAUUAUUAUCUAAAUCAUUAGAUAUACUUAAAAACGAACCAGAAGGAUCUCCAGGUUUUAAGUUACUACAAGCUUACAAACCUAGUAUCAAUACUCUUAAGUAGUAUAAAAUUCAAAAUAAAUUAUACUGAUUAUCUUAUAUUUAAAUAGAACUAUAAAUAAAUUGUAGUAACAAAGUUAACUAAUUAUAGUCAUUAGGAUCAUUAGGAAAGAAAAUCUUGGCGGAACGGUCAUGAAUGUUUGGUUAUAAUUUUAUUUUUACAUAAUAAUGAUGAUUUAGUAAAAAAUAUAAUUUAAUCAAAUUAUUAAACUAUCAAGUAACUAACUGUAGUCAAAGUUAGAAAUCCUAAAACUUAGUGGGCCGAUACCUUGUCUAUCCGUCACUGGUUAUAAUAAUUAUAGUUGAGACUUAAGUAUUAUUGCUUACUAGUUUUUAGUUAUUUUAUAAUAUUUGUUAUUAUUAUAUACAUGCGGUAUACACUAUAGGUACGUCACAUAUGAUAAUUUUUUGUUAGAUUUGGAAUUAAUUUUUAUCAUAUUGAGGUGUUAAUAAAAAUAUAUUAACAGCAAUAAUUAUUGUAUAUUUUCAAUUUUGUUUAAUUAUUCCACAAAUUAGGUACCUAAUACAUAUAAGAGUAUAAGAUAGGUAAUAUAAUAAUUAUAUAUUAUAUACCUGUUAAACUUCUAAACUAAACUACAAACCAAAAAUGAUAAGAAUUUUAAAUAAGUGAAGUAUACCAAUCUGAGCCCUCCCCCUCUCAAGGGUGUUAAAUAAUUUUUUUAUAGAAAACGUCCCUUUAUUGAGAUUUUAGAAUUAAUAUAGGUAAGUACUACCAUUUAUUAUAAAUACUAGUACUACGAAUGCACAAUAAACCAUAUUUACCCUAUGAGAACGCCUGCAGUGUACUUAAUAUCUACUUCUCUGGAUACUAAAAAAAAAGAUGUCGAGCUUAAAAUUUAUUUUUAUGAGUCUUUUUAUUACAAUAAACCAAUAACACAUCUACGACUUUUCUCGGUUUCUGCAGGCGAGCUAGUAAUAACGUACCAACUAGUUGAUAUUUAUGGCUUCUCGAAAAUAAAUGAUUUUAUACCUGUAAAAAUCCAAGAAUCCAAUAAUCCUCCCCCCCCCUACCAACAUCGACACAAUUUUAUCUGCAAUCUGCAUAUAUACCUAAAUACCUUCAACGUGACCCAGAGCUAUUCAAACUUUUUAUUCCGUGGGUCCUUCGUGUCUUCGCAAUAUUUUGACAAUUGCCAAAUUGUUAAUGGCAAAUAAAAUAAUGGUUAUAUAUUAUUGUAAUAUAUGUAUGCAAAUGUAUUUGUUAUUUAUUUGAUAAUAUUUAUAUAUUUAUAUAGGGUGUAUCCUAUGUCAUUGUAAGCGGGGGUUUUUAACAAUUAUGGAUCGAUGACAUAGAAUUUCGUUAAAACGAAAAAAAGAUGUGUUAAUUUUUUAUAACAAUUUCAAAAUUUUUAAACACGCAGGUGUAUCAAUAGCAAAAUCAACUUUAUUUUUCAAAUGGUAAAUUAUGCAUUAAUACUUUUAAAUGAAAUAAUUGAUAUAGGUUUAAUUUACAAGAGCUAAAUAAUUUUUUCUUAUAACUUGAAAUUUGAACCAUAAGUUCCCUAUAUUGGUAGGUAUUGCAUGCAAAGUAUGAAUUUAGCUGUUGAAAUUCUUUAAGAAUUAUUUAAUAAUCAUUAUUUAAAAUAAACUAUUUCCAAGAUAUUUAGAUAAACAGUCAAUCUGAAUAUAGGUUUGUACCUAACUUAGGCAUACUUUUAAUCUGAGUUAAUUACAGAUUUCCAAUAUUAUUAUAACAAGAAUUAAAUACCAUUAGUCAUUAUUAGCUAUUACUGUGAUAUAAUGUAUUAUUAUUAUUAUUAUUUUGUUCAAGGUGGUACAAUUGUACCUAACCUCACACUCAUGUUUUUCCCGUUCAUGUAUAUGCUCAGUUGUAGUUGUCGACUGUCGUAACUCGUAAUGCCGACACAGUCGUUAUAAAUUAUGAUACAGUCUUCGUUAUUUUGUAAGAAACAUAUUUUAUAAUAAAGUAUUGUUUGACCUUAUAUAAUUAAAUAAAGUCCAUGAUUUAAACUGUGUGCUUUAAAUUAAAUACAUCUUGAACCACUAAUUAAAACAAUUACCUUAGUCCUUAGCCACCUAAUAAAGAAUCCAAAUUAAUGCUAUUGUAAGAAAAGUAUGAUAGGAAAAGUACGAAAUAAAAUGUAAAUGUCCAAAACUAAAAAAUAAGAAGGGAUAUGAAUUUCAACUCCUAAAUUCAUACUUUGCAUGCGAUACCUACCAAUAUAGAGAACCUAUAUGGUUCUGUCAAAUUUCAAGUUUAUCCCAUUACAAAAAAAGCACCACAAAAAAUUGCACUUUUUUCAUUACACAUUUUUUUUUAACCCCCAUACAUACCUGAAACAUUAAUGUCAAUAAUCAAAUACCAUUUACCAAUUUACCAUUGUUACUUUAGCCACCUAAUAAAGAAUCCAAAUUUAUGAUAUUGUUAGAAAAGUAACUGUAAAGUAGUUAAUUACGAUUACCUAUAACAACAAAUUAAAAUAAUAAUACUGAUUUUGAUGAUUGUAUGUUAAAAUAAAAAUAAUGAACUAUGUUUGCCAACAAUUUUGUUUGUGUUUUUUUUUUUGAGAAAGAGUGUCAUUAGAUUACCGAUUAAACUACUUAAGUAUAUAAAAAGGUAGUUAUAAGAAGACAUUAUUUUUUUUUUUUUCAUUUUUGAACCGACGACGCCGCGGGAACUGCUUUCGCAAUACUUCCGCGGAAAGAAAACAUUAUUU